AUGCAACCUGUCCUGGCUCCAGGACACCAUCUCACCAUGCAAUCUUCUGCUCAGGACCACGCUGACCAGGUCCUCCAUGACCAACUGCUUGCUGCGCAGCAGCACAUGCAGCGCCCGCAAGGCAAUGCGGUGCCUCAGCACCAUUUAGGCGCCAACGCAACUAGCCCUCGUGACCAGCCUAACAUCGACCCUGCUAUCUCUGGCGCGGCCUCUAUGCUGAGUGCUCCCCCGCAUACCCCAACCCAGCCCCAGCAGGCUUCGCCUGAAGCUGAAAGUGCCAAGUCAUACGGCAAGCGCGAACUCUCGACUUCCAAGCGCGCCGCGCAGAAUCGUGCUGCUCAACGUGCAUUCCGUCAGCGUAAGGAGACAUACAUCCGCAAGCUCGAAGAUGAGAACCGCAGUAUUCAAGAGUUGCGAGACAAUAAUGCUAAACUUCUGAAUGAGAAUUACUCUCUCCGUGAUCACAUUAUCACUUUGCAGUCUCGCCUUAUGGAUGCGCAAGCUGAGAUUCCUGACCUGCCCCCUAACAUUGACUUGAACCACCGCCAUGACAUCAACAUGGGCAAUAUGCCCCCGACUGCCACGGCUCAGCCAACCCAACAUGCUGCCUCGAUGAACGAGGACCUGAACUCCUUGAACCGAAUCGCCGUUGCGGGGCUAGACGGUUUCCAGCAGAACAAGCGAGGCCGAAGCGACGAGAACCAAGCGGCCGGAGGCAUAGCGAAGCAGGACGGGACCGUCCCACAUGGUCUCCCGAUAGCUUAA